CAGCGACAAAUCAAACCCACCGACGAAGAAGAGCAAGGGCAAUUCGCCGCCGUCUGCAACUGAGAAGAGCCCUCUCUCUCUCUCGCUCUCUGUCUCUCUCUCUGUCUCUCUCUUUCUCUCGUCGGAGCAAUGGACAUCAGCGACAGAGACCGGCAAGACCGCAAGCGGGAGCUCCUCGCUUUCUUGGAGAACGAUGUCGGGAGGAUGUAUAUGGACGACAUCAAGACGAUGAUCAACCACAAGCGCCGCCGCCUCAUCGUCGACAUCUCCGAUCUCCAUUCAUUCAGCAACUUGGCCCCUAAGAUCUUGAGGAAGCCAGGGGAUUACAUGCAACCUUUCUCUGAUGCAGUCACUGAUCUAGUUAACAGGAUUGACGGGAAGUACCUUAAGGAAGGAGAAAGUGUUAAUGUGGGUUUCGAGGGCCCUUUUGUUUCUCGGCGAGUGACACCCCGAGAACUUCUGUCUGAGUUUAUUGGCUCUAUGGUUUGUGUGGAGGGAAUUGUCACCAAAUGUUCACUUGUGAGGCCAAAAGUAGUAAAGAGUGUUCAUUUCUGCCCAACAACUGAGAAAUUCACCACACGGGAAUAUCGAGACAUUACCUCUAACAUGGGUUUACCUACUGGUUCCGUGUAUCCUACAAGGGAUGAGAACGGUAAUUUAUUAGUGACUGAAUACGGGCUUUGCCAGUACAAAGACCAUCAAACCAUGUCAAUUCAAGAAAUGCCUGAGAAUUCUGCUCCUGGUCAACUUCCAAGAACUGUGGAUGUAAUAGUGGAGGAUGACUUGGUUGAUUCUUGCAAGCCUGGAGAUCGGGUGGCUAUUGUAGGAUUAUACAAAGCAAUUCCUGGAAAAAGCAAGGGCAGUGUUAAUGGAGUUUUCAGGACGGUUCUCAUAGCUAAUAAUGUCUCCCUUCUUAACAAAGAGGCAAAUGCACCAAUCUACACUCCUGAAGACUUGAAAAAUAUCAAAAAGAUAGCAGAGAGAGAAGAUGCUUUUGAUCUGCUUGGCAACUCACUUGCACCUUCUAUAUAUGGCCAUUCAUGGAUAAAGAAAGCAGUCAUACUCUUGAUGCUUGGUGGUGUUGAAAAGAAUUUAAGUAAUGGAACCCACUUAAGAGGUGACAUAAACAUGAUGAUGGUUGGUGAUCCAUCCGUUGCAAAAUCUCAACUGCUGAGAGCAAUCAUAAAUAUUGCUCCCCUUGCCAUAUCCACAACAGGUCGAGGCUCUUCUGGAGUUGGUCUGACAGCUGCUGUUACUUCUGAUCAAGAAACUGGGGAAAGAAGACUAGAAGCUGGUGCAAUGGUUCUUGCUGAUCGAGGAGUAGUCUGUAUUGAUGAGUUCGACAAGAUGAACGAUCAGGAUCGAGUGGCUAUACAUGAAGUCAUGGAACAGCAGACGGUGACUAUAGCCAAAGCUGGUAUUCAUGCAUCUUUGAACGCUAGAUGCAGCGUGGUGGCUGCUGCAAAUCCAAUAUAUGGAACUUAUGAUCGUUCAUUGACUCCGACCAAGAACAUUGGGCUCCCAGACUCUCUUCUUUCUCGUUUUGAUUUACUCUUUAUCGUGCUGGAUCAAAUGGAUCCUGACAUUGACCGACAAAUAUCUGAUCACGUCUUGCGCAUGCAUCGAUAUCGUUCUGCAUAUGAUGAAGGUGACUUUGACGGGAGUUCUAGGUAUGGGAGGGAGGAUGAAGCUAAUGAUGAGUCAGCUGUCUUUGUCAAGUAUAACCGCAUGCUGCAUGGAAAGAGAACAGGGAGGGGUCAGAAACGUGAUACACUUACUAUCAAGUUCCUCAAGAAGUAUAUUCAUUAUGCUAAGCACCGGAUUCAGCCUGAGCUGACUGAUGAGGCAUCUGAACAGAUAGCAACUGCAUACGCAGAGCUCAGGAAUGGAAGUUCAACUGCGCAGACUGGGGGAACACUUCCUAUAACUGCUAGAACUUUGGAAACCAUAAUACGUCUCUCUACUGCCCAUGCAAAGCUAAAGCUGAGUAGACUGGUAACAAAAUCUGAUGUUGAAGCUGCACUCAGAGUAUUAAAUUUCGCGAUUUAUCAUAAAGAAUUGACUGAUAUGGAGGAGCGUGAGCAAGAGAAGCAGAGAGAAAUGGAGAGAAAAGGCCAAGCAGAUCGUCGCUCUGAUGGAAAUGAUGGAGCAGGACGCAGUGUUCCUAUUAAUUCAGCAGGUUCAACUGAUGCCAUGGAUGUGGACGAACCCCCAGUAGGGCAAUCUGCUACAAUUCUCUCUCAAGAAAGAUUGGAAGCAUUUAACACUAUAUUCGGUCAGCAUAUGCGAGCAAACAGGUUGGACAUGAUAUCCAUUGCAGACAUAGAGAGGACCGUCAAUAAUGUUUCAACCGCUCCCUACUCGAGGGAACAGAUAAUGUCUCUUUUGGAGAAACUGCAAGACGAUAACCGAGUGAUGAUCGCCGGUGAUAUGGUGCAUAUGAUUAGCUGAGUUCGAAGGCAAGUAUCUGCAGUGGCAAUAGACGAAUCAAGAUCGAUGGAGCGAAGAUGUCCUCGAGGCCUUACCUUUUGCAUAACUUGUCGGUUAUAUUCCUUCGCAGCGAAGGAAGAUCAAUAUGAAAAAGUGGAGCAUAUUCUUGUAACUUGAAGCAGAUUUAGAUUAUGAGAUGAUCGGAGCACUUUUGCAAAUGACAAUUCAAAAGUCGUAUUCCUCUUGAGUUACGAGGUAUCUUGGUUCCCAAGCGGGGUGAUACCUUAUUUGUGUUGAGAAAAGUUCAACGUCUAUUCAUCAUAAUGAAAAAUUCUCACUUGGUGUCAA